AUGUCUAGUGCCGCAAAUCGUUUGCGCCAUCUCACGCAGCAUUUCCUCCCCGUAAAGAGCCAGGGCGCAGAAGCCCAAGGGGAUCAGUUUUCUCAUAAUUUCAAUCGACAUGCGCUCUCUCCCACUUUUUUCCUCCCGCGCGCUGCAUCAAUCGAACCAGAUGCCGAAGCAAUCUACCACGUCACCGCGAACAACAAGGUCCUCAGAAGAUCGUAUAUUGAGACAGCAGAUCGGGCUCGGGGAUUUGCAUACUAUUUGAAAAAACAUGGAUUCAAAAGGGUUGGGAUAUUAUGCCCUAACACCCCGGCGUUUUUGGAAUCGAUUUUCGCUAUAGCUGCGGCGGGCGCAGUUAAUGUUGCCGUGAAUUACAGAUUAAAACCCGAAGACAUUGCGUACAUCUUCAAUCAUUCCGAAGCAGAAGCCAUCAUCGUCGACCAAGAAUUUCUCCCGCUUCUCGUUGAGUUCAGAAAGACCUACCCACAUAUACCUCUUAUCAUCGACACGGAUACAGAUGCUAUAGAAGGUGAACUUAGUGGACAAUUCGACCAAGCAGUGUUGGAAGGCCUCAACUUUGAUACUGCGUCUGGAAGCCAUGGAUGGGAAGGAUUGAACGCCCAGACGGCAGAUGAAGAUGCCCUCAUUGCGCUUUCGUACACCAGCGGCACAACUUCGCGGCCAAAGGGAGUGGAAUAUAUCCAUCGCAGCUGCUAUCUGGCAACCCUCGCGAAUAUAAUAGAAUCCGGAUUAAAUUACAAUCGGGGCCGGUGCCGUUACCUUUGGACGUUGCCAAUGUUUCAUGCUAUGGGAUGGACUUUCCCAUGGGCUGUGACGGCCGUCAGGGGCACGCAUUACUGUCUGCGCAAGAUCGACUACCCCCUCAUCUGGAAACUACUCAAGGAAGAGGGCAUUACUCACUAUUGCGCGGCUCCCACUGUUAAUACCAUCCUCUGCAGCUCGAAAGAGGCAGAGAUGCUCCCGUCUCCCGUUCGGGUCACAGUCGCAGCAAGCCCGCCAACACCGCAUUUGUUCGAGCAAAUGACUAACCUCAACCUACACCCGGUCCAUGUCUACGGGCUUACCGAAACGUACGGCCCAAUCACGAAAGGUUAUUACCUGCCUGAAUGGGAUACGAUUCCGGAACAAGAUAAAUAUGAGAGAAUGGCACGACAGGGCUAUGGGUUCCUAACCAGUCUUCCGGUCCGUGUGAUCAAGACAGAGGUUCCUGAAGGGACGAUAAUCGACGUAGAGAAGAAUGGGAAGGAGAUUGGUGAGAUUGUCUUUGUGGGGAAUAUUUGCGCCAAGGGGUACUAUAAAAAUGUGGAGGAGACGAAGAAGCUCUUUAGCGGAGGAGUGCUCCAUUCAGGGGAUCUGGCCGUCUGGCAUCCGGAUGGAUCCAUAAAGAUCCUAGACCGGGCCAAGGACAUCAUCAUUAGCGGCGGAGAGAACAUAUCCUCUAUUGCUCUGGAGUCCAUGCUUGUCACACACCCGGACAUUCUCGAAGCGGGAGUUGUAGCUGUACCUGAUUCUCACUGGGGAGAGCGACCCAAGGCAUUCAUCACGGUGAAGAGUGGCAAACAGCUUGGGGGCAAGGAUGUGAUUGAGUGGGCAAAACAUGUGAGCGGCAUCAGCCGAUUCAUGGUGCCCAGGGAAGUCGAGGUGGUGCCGGAACUACCCAAGACCAGCACUGGGAAGGUGAAGAAGAAUGUCUUGAGGGCGUGGGCUAAAGGCACAGACCGUAGUCUUCAAUGA